AUGACUUCGUUUGUCAAGACAGAAACUGGAGAAUCGUCGCACUCUGACGAGGGUGUGACUGUGAUGAUCAGCACCAGAUCAGAUGGGUUUCAGAACCGGUCGACCACCACUUUUAGCGGUGUGUGCGAAAUAGAAGAAGAGAGUUCAAGCGACUUGUUUGAGAUUAGAGAUGGGGCUCCCAUGGAUACCAUCCAAGAAGAAAUUGAGAGUGGUGGUUUGUUUUCUUUCGAUUUUAAGAACGGUGACGAUGUUGUUUAUGUUGCAGUCGGCAAGAGUGAACACUCAAGCAUGGACGCUCUUCUCUGGACGUUGAACCACCUUGUCAAUCCAUCGUCUACCAUUGUUUAUCUCAUCCAUGUCUGUCCUGAGACAAGGCACAUCCCUACUCCAUUAGGAAAGAUUCCCAUAAGUCAAGUGAAUCCAGAGCAGAAAGAGAGCUAUAUGAUCCAAGAAAGAAGCAAGAGGAGAGAAUUCCUUCAAAGGUUCAUUGAUACUUGUUCUGCUUCCAAGGUGGAAGUAGACACCGUUCUUAUUGAGAGUGAUAUGGAGGCAAAGGCAAUACUGGACCUCAUUCCUAUCCUCAAUAUUAAAAAGCUGGUGCUAGGCACAACCAAAUCUAAUCUAAGGAAAAUAAGGUCUAGGAGAGGAAGUGGAAUAGCCGAUCAGAUACUACAAAAUGCACCAGCGUAUUGUGAGGUUAACAUCAUAUGCGAAGGAAAAGAGGCAGUCGAUCAGCUAAUAGAGUCUCCCUCACCACGUGGUGGCAACGACACUGACAGUCCCAAGCCUACCCAAGAGCCGGAUCAAAUCACUGAUUCAUUUUCUUGUAACUGUUUUAAACCCAAGGCCAUUGCAUAG